CAACGCGGAACUGAGCUGUCAGCUGCCAUGAACCCACAGCGCCUCUCCUCUCUGCUGCUCUGCGUCGUUUUUACCAUUACUACAGCUGCCACUCACACAUCAGUGCUGGAUCAUGUGACUGUGAUGUCAUCAUCGGGGGAGGGGCUUCAGAGCGCAGUGGGGGAAGAUUUGGAGUCUGACGAUGAUCAGGAUCCAUCAGGAAUGUUCAUCGAGCCACCUUUAUUUAAAGUAACCCAAGUCAGUAAAGGAGACGAGCAGAACCACAAGCGCUCGGGACGCAAGAAGAACAAAGGAAGAAAAAGAAAUAAAAACAUCACUCCUGUUCAGCCCAAUCACACGUCCAGUCACCGGAGCCGCAGCACCACCGCUGACCCCUGUCUGACCUCUCAUGUGGAUUACUGCAUCCACGGCCACUGCACAUACCUGCAUGGCCUGAGCGAACCCGUGUGUGUGUGUAGGCGAGGUUAUGAUGGUGAGCGCUGUGGCAUCCAGCUUCUGGAGACGUCUCGAGACGAAAGCAGCACUGAAACCACACACGCCGCUCUCGUCAUCAUGGCUGUCGUGCUGUCAGUCAUCAGCUGCUUAGCCAUCCUCAUCAUGGUCUGCGUACACUAUAGAACACAUCAUCGCUUCCAGGCGGCUUUCCUGAGCUCUUCUAACGAGAGAGAGAAACAAGAGAAGAAGAAUAUUAUGGUGUGAAAGGAGAAUGUAAGACUGUGUGCUUUACUUAUAGGUUCCUAUAUGUACACUAAAUAGUCUUUUAGUGGGAGAUUUGCCCAUGCAAGGGUGUGUCAACACUUGGCUAUCGAAAUCUUGUGGUUCAUUUGUGAACGCUAGUAUCUAAGGUGCCGUUUACACUAAUGCGUUGUUGUUUAUAAAUGAUGUUUCUAUUGUAUUUCUGAAAAGGAUAUCAGUCCACACUAUACAGCCUAAAAUGCAGGAUAUGUGACCAUUUAUGCUUACUGGGCAUGUGUAUAUUUUUCUGGCGUCUGUACUUGGAGUCUACCGCUUGUGUAAUUAUAUGAGAGUGGCUUGACGAACCAGGGAACGAUACACAAUUUUCCAGAAUACUAAUCAGAGAGGAUUGUGGCUAAAUGUGCCUCUGAUUUCAAAGGUUUUUGUUUCAGUAAAGCUAUUCUGAUACACCAGCAUUUGUGAAUUAAGACCAUGUUCACACUAAAGGCUGAUUUUUUUUCUGCGUCAAUCUCACGCGUAUGGUUCGGCGCAGCCUUCAGGUGGUCGCAUAGCCAUGGCUGACGCCGACUCGCACCUCUCAAAAAUUGUAAGAACACAGCGCAACGUCAUGUAGUGCAGUGUUUCCCAACCCUGUUCCUAAAGGCACACCAGCAGUCCACAUUUUCAACCUCUCCCUAAUCAAACACACCUGAAUCAACUCAUCAGAACAUCAGAAGAGACUCCAACACCUGGAAUAAAUGGGUCAAAUAAGGGAGACAUCCAAAAUAUGUACUGUUGGUGUGCCUCCAGGAACAGGGUUGGGAAACACUGAUGUAGUGCAAGCUCUGUGAUUGGUCUGCUUGGUAGCUGUGACAAGUGUGGGCAAUGCUGAGAGUUGCAAGCCUGAUGGAGCGAGUGUUUACAAGUGUCAAGUCCCAUGAAGGAGCUCCAGAUGGAAACUUUAGUUUUGGUGUUUAUCUUAUGGUUAAACUUGUUGCAUGUCCGCCGGUUCCCACCUCUGAAUGAGCGAGUUUUAGCUACUUGUACAUUAAAGUAGCAUUCAGAUAAAACAAAACACUCGCGAAGAGCAGAGCAACACAAACAGCACGCUGAAGUAUAAAUGUACGGCUAUGCUUAAGGCAGGGGUCGUGGGUCACUCUGAUCACUCGACAAAGAAGUAUAAACCAGCCUUUAUACAUUUUAGUUUAAAACUGCAUAUUUUUUCUCUCCAUUUUAGCCUUCCUUCCACAAUGAGAAAACGAAAAAAAUGAGAAUUUAGAAAACGAAAGUAUAUCUUUUUGAAAACGCUGUCUAAAGUGGAUAAAUGUGAGUGAUGCAGUGUAAACGGUGAAAACAGGCUUUCGAAAACGAUGACACAUUUUCGUCACGUGACCAAUUCAGCUAGAAUGGUGGACGACAUCAAUUUUUUACAUUUAUAUAGCGCUUUUCUGGACACUCAAAGCAAUUUACACAUCCACCUGGAUGACGCGGCCAUAGCCAUAUGACCGCACACCAGACCGCACCAGCCUGACCGCACACCAGCUGAUUGGUGGAGAGGGGACAGAGUGAUGAAGCCAGUUAUGAUACACUUCAUUGGGACAACUUAAUUUUUUUAUGUUUAAUCCACAAAAAAGUGUUAAGUUAACUUAAUUGAUUUGUGUUGUGUCAACAUGAAUGAAUUAUGUGGAACCCUGCAUUUUUUACAGUGUAUGGGGAUGGUUAGGAAUCCAUGAUGGACAGAGGCCGGUAGGCAAAUUUGGCCAGGAUGCCGGGGUUAAACCCCUACUUUUUUUUGAAGGACAUCCUGGGAUUUUUAAUGACCAGUGUCAGGACCUCAGUUUAACGUCUUAUACAAAAGACGGUGCUCACUGAGCAGUAUGGUGUCCCUAACUGGGGUGUGAGGACCCACACAGACAGCAGGUUGAGCGCCCACUGCUGGCCUCACUAAGACUACUUCCGGCAACAACCUAGCAUUCCCAUGUGGUCUCCUAUCCAGGCACUCUGUAAAAAAGUUGACUCAACUUAAAAUUUUAAGGCAACAAACUUCAGGACAUUUUUAAGUUGACUCAACUUUCAACCCAGUUACUGCACUUGACCUGAUUUAAGAAUGUCCUGAAGUUUGUUGCCCUAAAAUUUUAAGUCAACUUCUUUUAUUUUACAGUGCAAUUCUAUGUGAAGUUUUCAUGUUCUCCCUGUGUUCGUGCAGGUUCCCUCCAGGUGCUCCAGUUUACCCCACAGUCCAAACACAUGCGCUAUAGGUGAAAUAAAUAAACUAAAUUGGCCGUAGUGUAUGUGUGUGAAUACGGGAGUGUGUGGGUGUUUCCCAGUGUUGGGUUGCGGCUGGAAGGGCAUCCGCUGCGUAUAACAUAUGCUGGAUAAGUUGGCGGUUCAUUCCGCUGUGGCUACACCUGAUGAGCAAAGGGACUAAGCCGAAAAGAAUAUGAAUGAAUGAAUCUAUCGACCGAUGCAGCCCUGCUUAGCUUUGUGAGAGUUGCAGAGAGCCAGCUGCCGACUAUGUAAAGCAGUUGUUUAGGACGCUGUCUGUUUUGACAGCUUUAUUACAGAUUAAUGUCAGUUUGUACAUUGCCUCUCUUUAAAGGACAAACAGAUAGACAGUAAAUAAACUGCAGGCAGAUAUGGCACAAGUAAAAGCGUGUUACAUCUGUGCACAUGAGCAGUACAUGAACAAAAGCGUUUCAGUCGUUUUAGUGUGGAUGACGCAACUGUUUUCCAAUGUACAGUUGAAGUCAGAAUUAUUAGCCCCCCUGUUUAUUUUUUCCCCAAUUUCUGUUUAACAAAGAUUUUUUCAACACAUUUCUAAACAUAAUAGUUUUAAUAACUCAUUUCUAAUAACUGAUUUAUUUUAUCUUUGUCAUGAUGACAGUAAAUAAUAUUUGAUGAUAUUUUUCAAGACACUUCUAUACAGCUUAAAGUGACAUUUAUAGGCUUAAUUAGGUUAACUAGGCAGAUUAGGGUAAUUAGGCAAGUAAUUGUGUAAUGAUGGUUUGUUCUGUAGAAUAUCGAAACAAAUAUAGCUUAAAGGGGCUAAUAAUUUUGUCCUUAAAAUGAUUUUUAAAAAAUUAAAAACUGCUUUUAUUCUAGCCGAAAUAAAACAAAUAAGACUUUCUCCAGAAGAAAAAAUAUUAUCAGACAUACUGUGAACAUUUCCUUGCUCUGUUAAGCAUCAUUUGGGAAAUAUUUAAAAAAGAAAAAUCAUUUAAAGGGGGGAGGGCUAAUAAUUCUGACUUCAACUGUAUCCUGAUUAGUGUAAUCUCAGACUUAAAUAAGGUCUUAAGCAUUUUCAAAACACUCUGUUUUCGCAGGUCAAGAACACUGGUGUACUGUGGAUGCCAGAUUUAACCAUACAAAAUAUAUGCAUUUUAAAACAAAACGCUUUCGUGUAAACGGCACCUGAUACUGAACCCUGGUGUACACCAAACAAGCAGGAAAAAGCAGUCUUUCUGCUUUCAGAUGAAUUCUGGUUCGGUUUGGGUGAAAUAAUAAAGGCAACACCAGACAAAAACAUGUAAAAGACCCAAAACAGGAUAUGAUGUUGGAAGAUGUGACCAUAAAAGUACUUUUUUUUUGUUUGUUUCUGUGUAAAAAAUGUCUGUUACUGUUUUGACUAACCCGAUCUCACGAGGAGAUGUAACUAUUACUACGUAUUAUCAGAAAAGUGGCUAAUUUGUUCAAAUUCGUGUUGAAUAAAUUUGUGUUUUAUUUUUUUUGUAUGAAUAUGUAUGAAGGGUGGCAACGGUGGCUCAGUGGUUAGCACUGUCGCAUCACAGCAAGAAGGUCGCUGGUUCGAGUCCUGGCUGGGCCAGUUGGCAUUUCUGUGUGGAGUUUACAUGUUCUCCCCUUGUUUCCUCCAAGUGCUCCGGUUUCCCCCACACUCCAAAGACAUGCACUAUAGGUGAAUUGGAUGAACUAAAUUGGCCGUAGUUUAUGAGUGUGUGUGUAAAUGUAAGAGUGUAUGGGUGUUUCCCUGUGCUGGGUUGCGGCUGGAAGAUCAUCCGCUGCUUAAAACACACGCUGGAAUAGUUGGCAGUUCAUUCCGCUGUGGUGACCUCUGCUGAAUAAAGAGACUAAGCCGAAGGAAAAUGAAUGAAUGAAAAUGUAUGAUUUUUAAAAGGUGGGAUGCACUCAAACACCACCCCUAACCUAACAUUUGAGGAUGGGAAAAUUGCAUGUACUGUACAUGUAAAAUGUGCAUAUGAGAUCAUACAAAUUCAAACGAAUUAGCCACUAAAUCAAAAAGUUAAGAAUUGCUGUGAGAUUGUGGUGGUUUUGACCCCUUUUAUACAUCUUUUAUACACAGUUUAUUACAUUGCUCAACGUUGUUUUGGAGCCAAGUUCUGCUUUAAUAUUGACAUCACAAAAGAUCACUUGGUUUUCGUAUCUUUUAGAUUCACCCUUAAAAAUGAAAGUGUGAACCAGGACCAAAUGUGUCAUUGAGUAUGUUUACAUGGACACAAUAAUCCGAUUUGAACACAAUUAAGACAAUACUCUGAUUAAGAGUCUACCUUGUGAACAGCGAUUUUUAAUUAAUUUAAUUUAAUUAAGCUCAUAAUCGAACUAAAGAGUAAUCGAAUUAAGACAUGUGGAGUAUGCCGAAUUUAGUCUCAUUAUUUAAGUGCAGAACAGACAUCUAAACACCUUAAUCAAACUAUUACCAUCAUUUAGGACUUUAUUUAUUACCUCAUUUUGUGACAGGAUAGUCACACACACAUGACUGUCUGACACUAUUAUCUGCACCUACCGAGUCAAUGCAGACCACAGACACCUGCAUCGCGAAAGUUUCAGAGUUUUUUUUCUCCCAUUCAGCGUGUGGUAUGAAAUUCCAUUUAAACUAUACUCUUCCAGCAGUUCAUAGUUGCACCCAAUAUCUCAUUUGUCAGGGGGGCAUGCAUGAAAUGUUCCCGGGUGAAAGUGAAAGUGCCAAACUGCAGUUAAAGUCGACAAAUUAAAAGGGAAACACUCGAAAUUACAUGAAACUCUGAAGGAAACAUGAAUGGGGUGGUAAUGACGUUAAUCGAAUCAUGUGCUAUAACAUGUAAAACGGGAUCAUGAAGGGAACAUUCAAAAAUUAACUCAUGUAAACACCUUCAUCUUAUUAUUGUCUUAAUUAGAUUAAGGCAAAUAAUUUGUCUACUGAUGUCCAUGUAAACGUAGUCUGCGAGUAUGUUUACAUGGACACCAAUAAUCCGAUUUUAAAACGAUUAAGACAAUACUCUGAUUAAGAGUCUACCAUGUGAACAGUGAUUUUUGAUUAAUCCAAUUAAGCUCAUAAUUGAACUAAAUAGAAAUCAGAUUAAGAGAUGUGCAGUGUGCCGAUUUUAGUGACAUUACUGAAGUGCAGUACAGACAUGUAAACACUGCAAUCGAACUAUUACCAUCAUGGAGGAUUCUCGCCGCACUUUGCGACAAGAUACUCUAUACACACGGCUGUUUGACACUAUUCUCUGCACCUACCGAGUCAGUGAAGGACUACAGACACCCAGCCAAUUCGAAUGUUAUCACUCGACUGAAUGGGCAUUAUCAGUGGUUAUCAGCUGAUAGAUUUGGGCCAGUAUGGGCCUUCUGCACCUACUGGUAGGCUCAGAAGGAUGUUAUCAUCCAUCUACAUGGUUAAUCAGCUACAGUAUUGAUCACAUACGGCUGCAGCCGGAAGUUAACAAGAAUUAUUUAUAUUAUUUAUUAUAUCUCCCAUUAAUUGUAUUUUAUUAGCGUCCACCCCUACGCUAGACCCAACGAUCACAGUAAUGUAAAAACAGAUCUGAUUCUGAAGUCUUCUCUAUUAGUAUAGCUGAUUAACCAUGUGAAUGGAUGAUUACAGCCUUCUGCGUCUACAAGUAGGGGGCCCCACUAGCCCAUAUCUAUUAUCUCAUAAUGCCCAUUUAAUCGAGUGAUAACAUUCGAAGAUGGUGAGACACCCUCAUCACGAAAUGUGGAGGUUUUUUCUCCCAUAUGGCAUACGGUAUCAAACUCCAUUAAAACUAUACUCUUCCAGCAGUUCAUACUCUCAUCCAAUAUCUCGUUUGUCAUGGGGGGCAUGCCUGAAAGGUUCCCAAGUGAAAGUGAAAGUGCCAAACUGCAGUUAAAGUCAACAAAUUAAAAAUGAAACACCCGAAAUUACAUGAAACAUGAAAUGUGGAUAGCGCGCUGACGCAAUGACGUUAAUCGAAUUGUUUACUAUAACAUGUAAAACAGGAUCAUGAACGAAACAUUCAAAAAGCAGCUCAUGUAAACACCUUCAACAUAUUAUUGUCUUAUUCAGAUUACAGAAAAUAAUUUGAUUACUGAUGUCCAUGUAAACGUAGUCAGAUUCUCUUCUUUUACAGAGCUACAAAUGUGAACACACCCUUAAACUCAAAUUCACAAUGUUCAAUUAUAUUUCAGCCUCUAGAUAUGAACCUGGACUUCAGUGUGAUAGUAUGAACACUCAUUUGACUCAUUAUAUUUAAUGCAUAAUAUGUAUUAAAUCAUAUUUGAGUGCUAAAAAGUAUGUACUCAUGCUCAUUCUGAUUUUGUUUCAGGCAGAUGUCACUGAUGGACAGGUUUAUUGCACAUAAACACUACAUUAAAUCCCACUGUAACAAUAUAUUUAUUGUCUGUACCUAUUUAUUAACAAAUGAUAUAAUAUCCUUAGUAUUUGUGUUUAUUUUGAUAAAAAAAAACAACUAUGUUUAUUUAGUAUGUGUUAUUAAUGUCACACAUAUGGAAUAAAGAACGCAUAAUAAUA